GGUUGGACGUCACCACUAAUUCGUUUCAGCGGUGAUAGGAUAAAGCAGGGACAUUAAGAAAUAAAUUCCCCCUCACGACCCUCGCCGAGCUCGCUGCGCGGUUCCUGCAUAUUGAUGCAGCCGCAGGGUGCGAGCGGCUACUUAGCACAGCGACUGCUCCUAGGGGCAGCUGCGGCCGGGGUGAGCCAGGUUGUGCGAGGGGAAGCUGGCAGCCUCCAGUCCUGAACUUGGCUGGGCUAGAGCGGAGCGAGGCGGGAGCAAGAGGCUGGGAGGGGGCGGGGAGCGCUCGCUCUGGAAGCUCCUACCCUGUGGCGCUGUUGGAGCCCGGAGCAUCCUGCCCCGGAGCGAGGCUCUGGAUCCGCGCGCUCAGCAGCUGCGGGAGGAGGAGGCGCGGAAGACAGGGUGAUCAGCGGGAUUCACAGCCCUGGAACUGCGCGGGCUCGGCAGCAGCUCCAGGUAGAAGCCCCUAUGUUACCUCUGCGUCUGACGAGCUGGUGACCAAGAUGCCCAGAGACUAGACCCUAUGCUUGUGAGUCACAGUCAUCAGACACGGCAAACCUCCAGUCUUCCUGACCUGUUGCUUAGGGACACAUCCCGUUGCUGCCCCUGACGUCUGCCUGGUCAACCUUGACUUCCUUAGAGAGUAAGGAAGGGGGCGGGGACACGUUGAAAUCAUGCCACCCAAGGCCGAAUGGCAAUGAGCAGAUGACGCCAAGUUGACGUCAAAGACAGAGGCGACAGAAACUCUGCAGCCAGCUCUUGCCCCCGAGGAGCUCAGGUUCCUGCAGGAGUCAUUUUAGCUUAGUCUUCUGAAGGACACAGAUACCAUGGAAGAGAACACGUUUGGGGUUCAGCAGAUCCAACCCAAUGUCAUUUCUGUUCGUCUCUUCAAACGCAAAGUGGGAGGUCUGGGCUUCCUGGUGAAGGAACGGGUCAGCAAGCCUCCCGUGAUCAUCUCAGACCUGAUUCGAGGAGGUGCCGCGGAGCAGAGCGGCCUUAUCCAAGCCGGAGACAUCAUUCUCGCCGUCAACGAUCGGCCCUUGGUAGACCUCAGCUAUGACAGUGCCCUGGAGGUUCUCAGGGGCAUUGCCUCUGAGACCCACGUGGUCCUCAUUCUGAGGGGCCCUGAGGGCUUCACUACACAUCUGGAGACCACCUUCACAGGGGAUGGAACCCCCAAGACCAUCCGGGUGACCCAGCCCCUCGGUCCCCCCACCAAAGCCGUCGAUCUGUCUCAUCAGCCUUCAGCCAGCAAAGACCAGUCAUUAGCAGUAGACAGAGUCACAGGUCUGGGUAAUGGCCCUCAGCAUGCCCAAGGCCAUGGGCAGGGAGCUGGCUCCGUCUCCCAAGCUAAUGGUGUGGCCAUUGACCCCACAAUGAAAAGCACCAAGGCCAACCUCCAGGACAUCGGGGAACAUGAUGAACUGCUCAAAGAGAUAGAACCUGUGCUGAGCAUCCUCAACAGUGGGGGCAAAGCUGCCAACAGAGGGGGACCAGCCAAAGCAGAGAUGAAAGACACAGGAAUCCAGGUGGACAGAGACCUCGAUGGCAAAUCGCACAAAGCUCCGCCCCUGGGCGGGGAGAAUGACCGCGUCUUCAAUGACCUGUGGGGAAAGGGCAACGUUCCCGUGGUCCUUAACAACCCAUAUUCAGAGAAGGAACAGUCCCCUGCCUCGGGGAAACAGUCUCCCACCAAGAACGGCAGCCCUUCCAGGUGCCCCCGUUUCCUCAAGGUCAAGAACUGGGAGACGGACGUGGUCCUCACCGACACCCUGCACCUGAAGAGCACACUGGAAACGGGGUGCACAGAGCACAUCUGCAUGGGCUCGAUCAUGCUGCCUUCCCAGCACACGCGGAAGCCAGAAGAUGUCCGCACAAAGGACCAGCUCUUCCCUCUAGCCAAAGAAUUUCUCGACCAAUACUACUCAUCCAUUAAGAGAUUUGGCUCCAAGGCCCACAUGGACAGGCUGGAGGAGGUGAACAAGGAGAUUGAGAGCACCAGCACCUACCAGCUCAAGGACACCGAGCUCAUCUAUGGAGCCAAGCACGCCUGGCGGAACGCCUCUCGAUGUGUGGGGAGGAUCCAGUGGUCCAAGCUGCAGGUGUUCGAUGCCCGAGACUGCACCACAGCCCACGGCAUGUUCAACUACAUCUGUAACCAUGUCAAGUACGCCACCAACAAAGGGAACCUCAGGUCGGCCAUCACGAUAUUCCCUCAGAGGACUGACGGCAAACAUGACUUCCGAGUGUGGAACUCGCAGCUCAUCCGCUACGCGGGCUACAAGCAGCCAGAUGGCUCUACCUUGGGGGAUCCGGCCAAUGUGCAGUUCACGGAGAUCUGUAUACAGCAGGGCUGGAAAGCCCCAAGAGGCCGCUUCGACGUGCUGCCUCUCCUGCUUCAGGCCAAUGGCAACGACCCUGAGCUCUUCCAGAUCCCCCCAGAGCUGGUGCUGGAAGUGCCCAUCAGGCACCCCAAGUUCGACUGGUUUAAGGACCUGGGGCUCAAAUGGUAUGGCCUCCCCGCUGUGUCCAACAUGCUGCUGGAGAUCGGGGGCCUGGAGUUCAGCGCCUGUCCCUUCAGCGGCUGGUACAUGGGCACAGAGAUCGGCGUCCGUGACUACUGUGACAACUCUCGAUACAACAUCCUGGAGGAAGUAGCCAAGAAGAUGGAUUUGGACAUGAGGAAGACCUCGUCCCUCUGGAAGGACCAAGCACUGGUGGAGAUCAACAUUGCUGUUCUAUAUAGCUUCCAGAGUGACAAGGUGACCAUCGUUGACCACCACUCUGCCACGGAGUCCUUCAUCAAGCACAUGGAGAAUGAGUACCGCUGCAGAGGGGGCUGCCCCGCCGACUGGGUGUGGAUUGUGCCUCCCAUGUCAGGCAGCAUCACCCCUGUCUUCCACCAGGAGAUGCUCAACUAUAGACUCACCCCGUCCUUUGAAUACCAGCCUGAUCCAUGGAACACCCACGUGUGGAAGGGCACCAAUGGGACCCCCACAAAGCGGCGAGCCAUCGGCUUCAAGAAAUUGGCAGAGGCCGUCAAGUUCUCAGCCAAGCUGAUGGGGCAGGCCAUGGCCAAGAGGGUCAAGGCGACCAUUCUCUACGCCACGGAGACAGGCAAAUCACAAGCCUAUGCCAAGACCCUGUGUGAGAUCUUCAAGCACGCCUUCGAUGCCAAGGCAAUGUCCAUGGAGGAGUAUGACAUCGUGCACCUGGAGCACGAAGCACUGGUCUUGGUGGUCACCAGCACCUUUGGCAAUGGAGACCCCCCUGAGAACGGGGAGAAAUUCGGCUGUGCUUUAAUGGAGAUGAGGCACCCCAACUCUGUGCAGGAGGAGAGAAAGUACCCGGAACCCUUGCGUUUCUUUCCCCGUAAAGGGCCUUCCCUCUCCCAUGUUGACUCUGAAGCCCACAGUCUGGUUGCUGCCCGUGACAGCCAGCACAGGAGCUACAAGGUCCGAUUCAACAGCGUCUCCUCCUAUUCUGACUCCCGAAAGUCAUCGGGCGACGGACCCGACCUCAGAGACAACUUUGAAAGUACUGGACCCCUGGCCAAUGUGAGGUUCUCAGUGUUCGGCCUGGGCUCUCGGGCAUACCCCCACUUCUGUGCCUUUGGGCACGCGGUGGACACCCUCCUGGAGGAACUGGGAGGGGAGAGGAUUCUGAAGAUGAGGGAGGGGGAUGAGCUCUGUGGGCAGGAAGAAGCUUUCAGGACCUGGGCCAAGAAAGUCUUCAAGGCAGCCUGUGAUGUGUUCUGCGUGGGGGACGACGUCAACAUCGAGAAGGCGAACAACUCCCUCAUUAGCAACGACCGAAGCUGGAAGAGGAACAAGUUCCGCCUCACGUAUGUGGCGGAAGCUCCAGAUCUGACCCAAGGUCUUUCCAAUGUUCACAAAAAACGAGUCUCGUCCGCUCGACUCCUCAGCCGCCAAAACCUGCAAAGCCCUAAGUCCAGCCGAUCGACCAUCUUCGUGCGUCUCCACACCAACGGGAAUCAGGAGCUGCAGUACCAGCCAGGGGACCACCUGGGUGUCUUCCCCGGCAACCACGAGGACCUCGUGAAUGCACUCAUUGAACGGCUGGAGGAUGCACCGCCCGCCAACCACGUGGUGAAGGUGGAGAUGCUGGAGGAGAGGAACACUGCUCUGGGUGUCAUCAGUAAUUGGAAGGAUGAAUCUCGCCUCCCACCCUGCACCAUCUUCCAGGCCUUCAAGUACUACCUGGACAUCACCACACCACCCACGCCUCUGCAGCUGCAGCAGUUCGCCUCCCUGGCCACCAAUGAGAAAGAAAAGCAGCGGUUGCUGGUCCUCAGUAAGGGGCUCCAGGAAUAUGAGGAGUGGAAGUGGGGCAAAAACCCCACAAUGGUGGAGGUGCUGGAGGAGUUCCCGUCCAUCCAGAUGCCGGCUACGCUUCUCCUCACUCAGCUGUCGCUGCUGCAGCCUCGCUACUACUCCAUCAGCUCCUCUCCAGACAUGUACCCCGACGAGGUGCACCUCACCGUGGCCAUCGUCUCCUACCACACCCGAGAUGGAGAAGGACCGGUCCACCACGGGGUGUGCUCCUCCUGGCUCAACAGAAUACAGGCUGACGAUGUAGUCCCCUGCUUCGUGAGAGGUGCCCCUAGCUUCCACCUGCCUCGAAACCCCCAGGUGCCUUGCAUCCUGGUUGGCCCAGGCACUGGCAUCGCGCCCUUCCGAAGCUUCUGGCAACAGCGACAAUUUGACAUCCAACACAAAGGAAUGAAUCCGUGCCCCAUGGUUCUGGUCUUCGGGUGUCGACAAUCCAAGAUAGAUCAUAUCUACAGAGAGGAGACCCUGCAGGCCAAGAACAAGGGCGUCUUCAGAGAGCUGUACACUGCCUAUUCCCGGGAACCGGACAGGCCAAAGAAAUAUGUACAGGACGUGCUGCAGGAACAGCUGGCUGAGUCUGUGUACCGCGCCCUGAAGGAGCAAGGAGGCCACAUUUAUGUCUGUGGGGACGUUACCAUGGCCGCCGAUGUCCUCAAAGCCAUCCAGCGCAUAAUGACCCAGCAGGGGAAACUCUCAGAGGAGGACGCUGGUGUGUUCAUCAGCAGGCUGAGGGAUGACAACCGGUACCACGAGGACAUCUUUGGAGUCACCCUCAGAACGUAUGAAGUGACCAACCGCCUUAGAUCUGAGUCCAUCGCCUUCAUUGAAGAGAGCAAAAAAGACGCAGAUGAGGUUUUCAGCUCCUAACUGGAUCCUCCUGCCCCCGUGCGUGCGAUGUGGGGCGGCUGCCCCAAGUGCCCAAGCGAGGGCGGCCGCAGGUUGACUAAACUCGGACACACACGGCUGAACCUUCCCCACGGGACCCCGAGUGGCCCUGCUCUGCCUCUUGUCCUGUUGCUGUGUCCUGGUCCUUCUUCCUGCUCUGGGCUCUCUCAACCCCACCCCUGGGUUUUCUCCUUGACUCUUGGGCUACGAUGCAUCACCCUUGUACCCUGCAGUGGCUCUCACAAAACCGCAUCCUCCCCACCCCCACCCGAUUGCUGCCAAGGGCAGGUUGCGGUGCAUGGCUGUUGCUCCUGUUGUUGGGGUCUGAAGGUGGCUGGCGCUGGGCCCCAGGUCACCCUGAGCCAGUCCCUUGGCCACUUAAGCCCCCUUCCACCCUCUUUUUAUGAUGGUGUGUGUGUGUGUGUGUGUGUGUGUGUGUGUGUGUGUGUGAGAGAGAGAGAGAGAGAGAGAGAGAGAGAGAGAGAGAGAGAGAGAGAGAGAGUGUCCUAGAUAGAUCAUUCUCUGUCCUUUUGCCUGCACAUGCGUGCUGACCUGACCUGUGAUCCCACUGCCUUCUCAGAGGAUGUUCAGUUCCACGAAACGUGUUCCUAGAUACUGGCAAUCCCUCCCACGUCCACCAUGACAGGCCUGUGUCAGCCUCCCGGAAGCACAUCAGGCCCCCUUACUAAGCACAGAAGGAGACAGGCGCUCGUGGAGAGGGAGGUGUCCCUGUGGAGGAGCCAACCACAGAAUCCGAGGUGUUCAGAGUCUGACCCUCUUGGCAGAGGUCUGUCUGGGAAAUCCACCAGACAGUGGAUUGGCCAAGCUCCUCCCCAUUCUCCCCAACCCCAGCUGGGGCCAACAGGAUGUUGAGCUGUCUUUCCCAGGCAACCCUAGCUCUGGGCCCAGCAGCCAUACUGUACCAGGAAGCAUGCUGGGAGUAAGGUCUUUGCCACCAAGGGUACUUGGGUUACCCUUCCAAGUUCGUCUUCAUUAAUCGAGCGGAUAGGCCUUUCUCAGUGCUUUGGAGCCUUGACGGAUGUCAGGGAGGAAUAGGGUAUCUGCUUUUCAUGCCUCCUGCUAGACAGUGGUUCCCUUCCCCCAAAACAAGCAGCAUAGGCAACAGAAUUCUAGCCGUGGCCUGUUGGCUCUCGGAGGUAAGCAUCUUCUGAGGCCGUGUGGUGGUCCCUUAUUACUAUAAGUAAAAGUUACAUCAGACGCUACUGACAGUCAGUCAAGAAACCCCCAGAGUCCCCAGGCUCAAGAGAUUGGCUCUGGGGUCCCAUGUUCUGUGUCCCUGUUUGGUUGCAUGAGGCAGAAAGAAAAAACAAAAAAAAACCCAAACAAACCCUGCUGGGGCCUGCUUUCCUAAUGCUAAAAAUGAAGGCUGUCAAAUAGAAAAUUCUUUACAGUUGUGGGGUCCAAAACCCUAAGGGUUCCAACCCCACCCACUUUUUUUCUCUGUCUUCUUUCUUUUCCUUCCUUCCCUUUCCUUUCCUUUCCCCAGAGUCUCCCGUUUCUCAGGCUGACUUUGAACUCAUGACCUCUAAUUCCUAACCCUACCACAUCCUGUUUGUGAUCUUGCCAGAGGCUCAAAGCCGGAACCUCCUGCGUGCUAGGCCAGCACUCUACCAGCCAAGCUACAUCCCCAGCCUUCAGUCCCCACCCCCAAGAUCAGAGACAGGUCUCCCGUGGCACUGGACAACCCUGCCAGGUCCCAUCACUAGCAUGUGAACUUGGUCCUAGUUAAAAUCUCACACCCGCCCUACCUUAGUACCACUGUUUCCUACUCAGUCUUCCAUCUCUGUGGAGACACAGCCCUCAGUACCCCCAGAGCCACCUUCUGUACCCCAAAGGUAAGGCAGUGACCUCCUACUGACCUCAAACACAGACCCCCACACACAGUCCCAGGGACGUUCUCCUCAACCUUUCAAGCCUCUGGGAAUGCUUAAGAAGUAGUUCAUUCCCCUGAUCUGAACCGCUAGGCCCAACCUCGGUUGAAGAGCCCUCUCUCUCUCUGCAAGCCAAGAUGCAUACACACACCUCUGAAUAAGGAACGCUACUCUGUGACAGGCUCCUCCCCACCCCCACCCCCACCCCCGGAUAUCCCCGUGCUGCCAGUAGCGAGUGGACAGAUGGAAGCCCCGUGUCAUUUGCCAGAGUCCAAAGACACCAGUUACAUAACCAGGUUCAAGAGGGACUUCUGUUCAUCAGUGCUAGGGAUGGGACCCAGGACCUCACACAUUCCAGGCUGAGCUAUGCCCCCAACCCCACCCCCACCCCCAACCCCACCCGCAAAGAGAAUAUUUUUAAAAGACAUCUGAACUCUUGACACAGGCAGCUUCCUUGGCUCCUGGCUAGGAGGCUGGAGGUCAGUUGGGUACUUCGCUCCUUUUUCAAAAUGCCUUAAGCAGCUUAUCCAAAGGCUAAGCAAAGGUGGGCGUCUGGGGUGGGUCAAUACUGCCCUCUGCUGGUGGUUUUUAGUUCAAGCCCAGCAACAAGCCCAAAAGUACGGCUUAGACUAGGAGAACCGAGUGGGUAAGCUGGUUUGUUUACAUUGUCGCAGUAGCUCCAACUGUUUCACAAGAGUAAGUUUGCCCAUUUACGCUCUCUGCUGUUCCUGUGGCUGUGGUCCCCAAGGAGCUCAGCCCACGGGAGGUGGGAGGGCUUCCCUGCACGUCCUCGG